GAACCAGGGGAGGAACCUAGAGAGGAGAACCACACCGCGCUGAGGGAAUACAGGAUCGAUCUGAUCUGGUUCAGUCUGAUCUUCUGGAUCGUUCAGCUCGGGUUUAGAAGCUGUCGGUGAGACCGGACUGAGGAACCCGGUGCGCACUUUAGGACUCUCGAACCGUGUGCAGGUGUGUGCAGAACCUGAGCAGACGUGGAGGGCCACAGGAUCCAGAACUCCCCGUCCCGAGCUCCCACCAUGUCGCGCUCCAGCAUGCGCAACGAGCAGCUCUACAUGAGCGGGAACGGGUUCCAACCGGAGCUGAGCGCGGAGCACUACAGCCGGGGGCCGGGGGUGUACUCCGGCAACAGCUACACCCUCACACACGGUGGGAACUACAGCAUGAAGGGACAGCAAGCACCUGAGAUGAUGUACUCAGGAGUGAACCAGGAUACACAGUACAGUAGGACCGUAAGGGGAGUGCAGACGCCAGAUCCGUACCUCAUCCAAACUGGAACCUUAAACAGAAACCAGAGCAUGAUGGGACAGGACAUGCCAGAGUCGUACCUCAUCCAAAGUGGAACCAUAACCAGAAACCAGAGCAUGAUGGGACAGGACAUGCCAGAUCCGUACCUCAUCCAAACUGGAACCAUAAGCAGAAACCAGAGCAUGAUGGGACAGCAAACCAUGGGAGGUACGAUGGUUGGUGGGACGAGCCGGAGAGGACGCACCAGCACCAGCAAAGAAGAGAGCAGAAGCUUUCAGGAUGCCAUGGGCUGGAUUAAUCAGCAGAAGAGUUUGAUCGAGACGUCCCAGUUCGGAGAGGAUGCCAACAGCAUCGAGCAGCAGAUUCAGAAGCACAACCAGUUCCACAACAAGCUACAAAGAAGUGCUGAAGUAGAAAGAGCUAAGAGUGAAUUGAUGCAGCAAGGAGAUAAGUCAGGACUGAAUUACCUGGAAAAGGAGUGGGACUCUCUGCAGAAAAUGUCCCACACCCGCACGAACCAGCUACAAGAGCUGCAGAACAUCCUCGGUGAGAUAUGCGGCAGCAUCAUGUGGGUGAACGACAAGGAGGAGAAGGAGCUGGUGUUCGACUGGGGUGACAAGAACAUCGACACCUACAUUCCCCAAAAACAAGAGAGCUACUCGAUACUGAUGAGAGAGCUGGAAAAGAAGGAGAAGGAGCUAAACAAGCUGAAGUCCAAAGUAGAUCAACUGCUGGUGAACCACCAUCCAGCAUCAGAUAAAAUUGAGGCGUACAUGGACACCCUGCAGACGCAGUGGAGCUGGCUGCUCCAGAUCACCAAGUGCAUCGACGUUCACCUGAAAGAAAACGCUGCCUACAGCCAGUUCUUUAAGGAAGCCGGCGAGAUGCACCAGCGACUGGACAAAGAUAAACAGAGCAUCCUUAAAAACUACAGCUGUGAUAAAACCACACCUCUGCAGAACCUGACCGAACUGCUCAGGAACCUGGAGAAAGAACGAGACAGGCUGAUGGAGAAUAAGAGACAGGUCCAGACUCUGGUCAACAAGUCCAAGAACAUUGUGCAGCUGAAACCCAGGAACCCAGAGGAGAGGAGCACCGGUCAACCAGUGAUGGUGCGGGCGCUGUGUGAUUUUAAACAGGACCAGAAGGUGAUCUGUAAAGGAGACGAGGCCAUACUGAACGAUAACUCUCAGCGCAGUAAAUGGAACGUGACCGGACCUGGAGGACUGGACAUGCUGAUCCCCUCUGUGUGCCUCAUCAUCCCCCCACCCAAUAAAUACUGCACUGAGCUGGCCAAGAAGAACGAGGAUCACUACGAAGCCAUCAUGUCCAUCUGGAGCCAGAUGCUCAUCAACAUCAAGAGUCUGAUCGCCUGGCAGUACUGCCUGAGCGACAUCAAUAAGAUCAAGUCCAUCACCAUGGAGAUGCUCGUUCAGAUGAAGCCUGAGGAGUACAAAAGCAUCGUCAGGAGUUUGGAACAGCACUAUGAGGAGUUCCUGCGUCUGAGUGGCGAGUCCAGCGUGUUCAAGGAUGCAGAUAAGAGGAAGAUGGAGGAGGAUUUUAAUACAGCUCAGAAACGCAUCAAAAACAACCAAGUACAGGGCAACUACACCAACCAAGUACAGGGCAACUACACCAACCAAGUACAGGGCAACUACACCCUCUUAACCCAGGUUGUGGGAGGUGCUGGUGGUGCUGGUGUUGCUGGUGCUGGUGUAGCUGUUACUGGUGCUGGUGGUGAGACUCUGGGAGCAUCGGGGAAGAAGGUGGACAACACCACCAUCACAUCCAAAUCGUCCAGCUCCACCAUCACGUCCAGUUCUGCUCCUCCCAGCUCCUCGGUCUCACUCAACCUGCUGACCCUCACCCAGACCCUGAGGCGCAGGCUGGAGGCGGCCGAGGGGGGUCUGAGCACCCACCUGCACGUCCCGCUGAGGGACAACAGCGUCCAGGACUGCACCCAGAGGCUCCAGCUGCUGCAGGGUGUUCACCGUGACCUGGGCUCGAUCCGUGACGAGUACAUCCGCUUGAGGGAGCUGGUGCUGAAACAGCAGGCAACUGCCAGCCCGGAGCAGGCCAACUUCCUAAAGAUGGAGCUGGACCACAUCAACCAGAAGCUGGGCAGCCUGGAGAGCUUCUCCAGCUCCUACCUGGAGAGGCUAAAGGCUCUGCAGGCUUUCUUCCAGAGUCUCAGUCGUGCCGAGGACAUCAUCAAAGUUCACGAAGCUCGGCUGACGGAGAAGGAGACGAGCUCCCUGGACCCGUCCGAGCUUCAGGACUACGCCAUCACGCUCAAGAACAUGAAGGCCGACCUGGAUCAGAGGAAGGACGUCCUGAAGGCCAUGGAGGCGGAGCUUAAGAAGGCCAUCGAGUGGAACAGUCAGAUCGAUCAGAACUUCCACCAGUGUGACGUGGACCUGGACAAGUUCUCCGUGGAGGUCAAACAGAUGAGCCUCCGCUGGGAGCGCAUCCUCGGUCAGAUCAACUCCCGGAUGAACGAUCUGAGGAGCCAUGAGGACCAGCUCCGUCAGUACCAGCAGAGCAGCUCUCAGGUGGACCAGUGGAUCAACCAGACCAGCCAGCGCCUGAACAAACUGCAGAACCAGAAGCUGAGAACGGUGCAGGAGGUCACCGACCAUCUCAACCAGCACAAGACGCUACACACUGAGAUCAAGGGGAAAAAGGACAGAGUGGACGAGGUGCAGAAGGACGCCGGUACCUGCUCCAGCUCCAUAAAGGAUUAUGAGCUGCAGUUAGCAUCGUACAGCGCUGGACUGGAGACGCUCCUCAACAUCCCCAUCAAGAGAACCAUGCUGCAGUCUCCAGCCACUGUACUCAAUCAGGAGGUCUCAGAUCUCCAGACUCGCUACAUGGAACUGCUGACACGCUCCACAGAUUACAACAAGUUCCUCAGUGAGAUGAUGAAGAACAUGGAGGAGCUGAAGAUGCAGAACACGAGGAUUGAGCUUCUGGAGGAGGAACUGAGGCGCCUUAAAGACGAUCUACAGGACGGCUCUCAGAACAGCAAGUCAAAGGAGGACAUUUUGGCAUGUUACAAGCUGGAGCUCUCUCAGGCUAAAGAAAAGCUCAUCAUCAUAGAGAGCGAGAAGAGCGACGAGUCCAGGAGGUACCUUCUCACCAAGGAGAGCCUGGACGGCACCCAAAACAAGCUAAAGGACCUCAGCGACCAAGUGGCACGCCUCACAAUGCUCAUCGACGAGGAGAAACGUAAGCGGAGACUGGCCGAGGAGCGCUAUGGUGUCCAGCAGCAAGAGUACGAGGACGCCGUCCGCAAAAGACAGAAAGAGCUGGAUGAGCUCAACUGGUCCAGGAUCGACUUUGAGAAGACUAUCAAGGACAAGGAGCGAGAGAUCGAGCAGCUAAAAAGGCAGCUGCAGGACGAGGCCUCUCAGCGCCGAGCGGCGGAGUCGGAGACCUCUAAGGUAAGAAACCAGUUCAACCAGGAGAUGAAUUCUCUAAAACAAACGUUUCAGUCUGAGAUACAAAUCACCAAGACCACCGUGCUCAAGGCCAGCCAGGAGAAGGAAGCCGACACGGCUGAACUGAAGCUGCAGCUGAACAGGCUCUCAGAUGAGAAGAGGAACCUCGAAGAGGAACUCAAAAGACUUCGGCUGUCCUUCAGCCAAGUGGAACAAGAUAGGAAACGGGCUGAGCAGGAAGCACACCAGCAGAAGUCAUCUGGAACGGAGGAAUCCAGGAGAAGAAAGGAACUGGAGAUACAGUUUCAGACUAUCACGAGACAGAAGACUGAAAUUGAGACGAGGUACAGGGAUGAUGUCGCAAAGGCAAACAGCGGCGCGCAGGAGAAGAUUCGCCAGAUCUCCUUGCUGACGCAGAACCUAGAGGAGGAAGCACGGAAGAGGAAAGCUCUGGAGAUGGAGAACCAAAGACUACGCCAGACAGAGGCUGACUUGCAUGCCAAGCACAAUUCCUCCCUGGAGGUCAUCAACAAGUUGAAAUUCUCCGAGCAGGAGACCAACGUUGUCCGUAUCGAGAUUGAGAAGCAAAGGGUCACAGCAGACCAGAACGCUACCAGGCUCCAAGGUCGGAUUACUGAUCUCCAAGGUGUGAUGAGCAGGCUGGAGGCUGAGCUGGAGAAGGAGCGCAAAGCCAACCAAGAUGAGCUGACCAGAAGAAAGAGGAUCGAAUCUGAGCUGGAGAGGUUAAACAAUCUGUGCAGGGAGUACACCAGCACCAUCAACACGCUCCGCGUCCACAAGGAGGAAGAUAGUGCCACCGGCCGGAGGUACGAGCAGGACCUCCGGCGCCUUCAGGAGGAGCUGGAGAGGAGUCGGAGGGAGCACACGUCAACCUCCGAGAACUUCGCCAAACUCACAGCCGAACUGAAGGCGCUGCAGCAGCUGCUGACCCAGGAGCAGGCGCGGGUCCGGGAAGUCAACCUGCGCAACGAGAGUCUGUACAAGACCAUCGAGGAGAAGAGCCGAGCGCUGAACGAGGGCACCAGCGAGAUCGAGAAGCUCCAGAAGCUCACGCAGAACCUCACCAAGGAACGACUCAGGCUCGAGGAGGAGCUGAGGGCUUUACGCCAGGAGCGGGACGACCUGAAGAGCAGCAAGAGCAGCUACGACAGCGAAUACGCCGCCCAGCUCUCAGCCAUACAGCAGCAGCUACAGAGCGCCAAUAAACGAAGCCUUGAGCUUCAGGCCAACAUUAAUGAGCUGAAUAAAGAGAGAGAGAAGUAUAAGGCGGAAAUAAACAAAAUCCAAAAGCAAUAUUCGGAGUCAACUCUGAUCAUCCAAGAGUCUCAAACUCACUAUAAGGAGGUCCUUCACGAGAGGGACAACCUCCUAGCCAAGCUCAAGAUGCUGGAGAUGAACAAGGACAAGCAGCAGCGCUCUGAGGAGGAGCUGAACCGCAUCAAGCUGUCCCUGGAUUCGGAGCUGCGCCAGAAGCAGCGCCUCCAGGAGGAGAUCGACAAGCUCCGCAAGGACUUCACCUACUGGAAGAGCCAGUAUGAGUUGAAGGAGGGUCAGAUGAGACAGUGGCAGUCUACCCAGGACCAGGCCGACAGGGAUCGCGGGUCGCUGCAGAACGAAAUCGCCAGGCUGGCCGCCGAGCUGAGGAGCGCGGAGGAACGCUACCGGAUCCGCCUGCAGAACUCCGAGACGGAAAUGGUGGAACUGAACCGCAGGAAGGAAACUCUGGAGAGAGAGCUGAAGAAGCUGCAGCUACGUCCCAGCGCCACGGUUAAACAGACCCAGACCGAUCAGGAGGUGGUCGCAGUCGAUUCGUCUCAGUUUUCCGUCCAGGGCAUCCGGAAUAAGGUUUCACUUGAUGAGCUUCUUCAGUGCAACAUGAUUAAUCAGACCGAUGUGGACAAGGUCAAACAAGGUCAACUCUCCGUUAAAGAUAUCGAGACUAGACUCAAGCGGUAUUUAACCGGAUCCAACUGCAUUGCUGGUGUUUAUGAUGAGGCCCAUGAUAGAGUCCUGCCGUUCUACCAGGCCAUGAAAGAAGGUCUUCUCCGUCCGGGAACCACUCUGGAACUGCUUGAAGCCCAGGCUGCCUCUGGGUUCAUGAUCGAUCCAGUGAAUAACAACUACAUGACAGUGGAGGAUGCAUGGAAGAGAACCCUGGUGGGUAAAGAAUUUAAAGACAAGCUCCUGUCGGCCGAGAGAGCCGUGACUGGAUAUCGUGAUCCCGGUACCGGCAAGCUCAUCUCUCUCUUCCAAGCUAUUGAGAAAGAGCUGAUUGAAAAGGGUCACGGGAUUAGACUUCUGGAGGCUCAGAUAGCCAGUGGUGGCAUCAUCGAUCCUAAGGAGAGCCAUCGCAUCGACGUGGAAAUGGCCUACAAGAAAGGAUACUUCAACCGUGAUAUGAAUGAUAUUCUGACCUACGAAGGGGACGAUACCAAGGGCUUUUUCGAUCCCAACACUCACGAGAACCUGACCUACCUGGAGCUGCAGAAGAGAUGUAUCAAAGAUCCCAAUACAGGUCUCACCCUCCUGCCUAUAAAAGAUAAAACCCAGUCAUCACAGCAAUCCACCCAGAAGAACACCCUCCGCAAGAGAAGAGUCGUGAUCGUUGACCCGGACACGGGCAAAGAGAUGUCCGUCCGUGAGGCGUACCACAGAGAGCUGAUCGACUACGACACCUUCCUCAAUCUUUCUGAACAAGAGUGUGAGUGGGAGGAGAUCACCAUCACCGAUCCCAGCGGCAAGACUCGACUAGUCAUCGUUGACCGUAAAACCGGCACCCAGUUUGAUGUCCAGGCCUCUCUGGACAAGGGAGUCAUUUCUAAAAGCGCUUUAGACCAGUACCGCGCAGGAACCCUGAGCCUUACCCAGUUUGCUAAUCUCAUCACGAGUAAGGCCGACAGCUCCGAGCUUUCCAUUUGCACCAGCGUCGCAGACGACGUCACCUCCUGCAGUAGCCCCACAGACGUCACGCCAUCCUCUCCGACGGUCCGUAAGCGAUUCGCCAGUGUCUCCAUCACGCUCUCCCCUCCUGCUGACAUCCUGGAUGACCAGAGUCCAGUCGCAGCCAUCUUUGACACGGAAACCUUGGAGAAGAUCACAAUAACCGAAGCUCAGCGGCGCGGCAUCGUGGACACCAUCACUGCUCAGCGCCUCCUGGAGGCCCAGGUCUGCACUGGUGGCGUCAUUAACCCUGCCACUGGCAAGAGGCUCUCUCUGCAAGACGCCAUACAUCAGAGCGUCAUCGAAGAGGACAUGGCCACCAAACUGAAGCCGGCUCAGAAAGCCUUCGCUGGGUUCGAGGACAUCAAGACCAGGAGGAAACUUUCGGCCGCGGAGGCCAUAAAAGAGAAGUGGCUGCCGUACGAGGCUGGGCAGAGGUUCCUGGAGUUCCAGUACCUGACGGGAGGACUGAUGGAACCCGGGAGUGGCAAGCGAGUCACUAUCGAGGAAGCAAUUCGAAGAGGAUGGCUGGAUGGCAAAGGGGCCCAGAAGCUGCAGGACACCAGGAACUACAUCAAGAGCCUCACCUGCCCCAAGACCAAGCUGAAGAUCUCGUAUAAGGAGGCCAUGGAUAACUGCAUGGUGGAGGAGAACAAUGGAAUGAAGAUGCUCCAGGCCACUUCUAUGUCCACCAAGGGUAUCAGCAGCCCCUACAACGUGUCUUCGGGACCCAAUUCCCGCACCGGAUCUAGAGCUGGAUCCAGGAGUGGAUCCCGCCGAGGCAGCGUGGAUUAUUCCUCCACGGCCACCUACAGCUACACCAGCAGCAGCUUCAGUCCAUACUAAACACCUUCAUCUAUAAAGGCUCAUAAUCAUUCAUUUAUUCACUCGUUUAUUCAUUUUUACUUCGUUUCAUAUUCAGUCCGGUGUUCGGGGAUAUUAUCUGAAAUCAUAUUAAUCAUCAUUUAUUUCACUAAUCAAUAGUUUGGGGAGCUUGUGUUGAUUAUCAGCUUUAGUUGGAGUUUUAUUUGCACGGUUUAGGUUCAGAUCGGUUCUGACGCUCUGCUUUAUUAAUCAGUCUGUAUUGAAAUAUCUUUUAUAGUCGUUUGAAAUGUUGUAUACUUUUUUUAAAGAUGUUAAAAUCUAAGAAAGGAAUUUUCUCUAUAGAUAAAGAGAGUAAAUAAUUAAAGGAGGGAAUAUUUUAUAUGUACCAGAUAUGUUUUGAAAAAUGAUAGAAACCAGUCGGCACCAACAAAAGAAUAUUAAUAAAGUUUCUCCACUUCA